AUGGCGAGCUGGAGUCCAGUCUUACAGGUUCUAAUCCGAUGUAUCAGAGCUACUUCAGCUAUAAAGCUAGGAGUUGAGCCAGAAGUCGAUGGUAACGAUGAUGGUAACGAUGAUGGUAACGAUGAUGGUAACGAUGAUGGUAACGAUGAUGGUAACGAUGGUAACGAUGGUAACGAUGCUGGUAACGAUGGUAACGAUGGUAACGAUGGUAACGAUGGUGGUAACGAUGGUAACGAUGACAACGAUGAUGGUAACGAUGGUAACGAUGGUAACGAUGGUAACGAUGAUGGUAAUGAUGGUAACGAUGGUAACGAUGGUAACAAUGGUAACGAUGAUGGUAAUGAUGGUAACGAUGAUGGUAACGAUGGUGGUAACGAUGGUAACGAUGGUAACGAUAAUGCCUAA